AUGACGUGGUGCGAUAUUAAAUUACGGCAUUCCAGAAAUUUUACUUUGUAGAUUUUAAGGAUUGAUGUUCAUAUUAUAUAUUAUAUGUGCUCCUUGGCAUUUAUUAAAAAAAUGAUAAGGGCUUAUAAUCAGAUGAUCAUAUUUCAUAAUAUAAUAUUGCCGAAAGAGUCAAUCGUACCUACGAACUCGGAUACACUGAUUUGUCAGAGGCUGGAAUCUUUUAUCUAUACUGGAAUACUGGAGACCGAGAGACGUUGCCAGUUCCUCAAAACAGUAAUGCUUAAUUUAUCAACUUAAAAUAACUAGCUGUUGUGCAUAGUUCUUCCGAACAUUCGAAUGGUCGAAUAAUAUUUUGUUGAUUACUCUAUUACUGCACUCGCUCUAUCAUUUGAUUUACAAUAUUUUACUAAACAAAUAAUUCCACUUCUAAAGGAUUUCUUCACGUCAAUCGUAUAGGUACUCUGUAAGUAUAAAUAUAAUACAUACCUUUGUAUAGUUUUUAAAGUUUUACGUUUUGCAUUAUUAGUUAGGUAUUACUUAGUUAUAUAUGAAUUGAUUGUGUGUACCUAGUACUAAGUCUACCCUUUUAUUUAGAUUCUUAAGAAAUAUACAAUUAUAAUAAGUGAAUACUGUAAUGGAAUGUUGACAGUAGUUUAAUACCCUAGAAAGAAGUUACUUAUUUGCGAUACUUUCAAGGGGAGUCUAUUUUAUUAUUAUUCGUUUAGAUCAGUGCACCCGCAGCAUCUUUUAAGGCCGGGUGGGAUUCCAUUCCUGCAACUAACUUUCUGAUAUGGGUCUACCUCUGUGGUCAAAUGUUAUUUUUAGGAGUAAUAGUGAUUAUAUAAGUAUGACAGUCUUUUAAUUUAGUUAGUCCGUUUGGAAAAGUUAGGUAAUUAAUUAAGUUUUCCUGUUACCUGCCUAUACUUAUAUACUGUUUGUUUUUUUAUAAUAAUUAUUUACAUUAAUAUCAUGGUGUUUACCAAUAUACAAUGGAAAAUUCAAUUUUUCAAAAGAAAAUGUAUUGCUGGCUUUUUUCUUUGUUUUGAUAGAACAUAGUAGGUAUACAAAAUAGGUUUGCUAAAAUGCAAAUAAAUACUAACAACAACUAAUAUAGAAUCCCUAAUAGAGUUUUGAUUAAAACUUUAUUUUUUAUUACUUUGCCCUUGAUGAUAGGUACUAAAUAAUAAAAUGUGGUUAUGGUCACACGUUUCGCUUUAAAAUCUCAGUCAGAGUUAAAAAAAAAAAAAAAACGAUCACAUUUUGACUAUUUGGCAAUGGAGAUCUACUACUCAUGGGUAUUUAUUUUUAUUUGUUUAAUUGUAAAUUCAAUUAGUUAACAAAAGGGUACUCGUUCAGUAUAUUAACCAAAAAGUAAUAUUCUAAUAAUAAUAUUUUAAGUAAAUUGUUUAGAUAUUAUUUCAUAAAAAAUAUAUAUAUUUACUAGCUGUCCAGUGCUGGGCGUUACCCGUUAUAUAAAUUAUAUAUUCUAUAAAGUUAAAUGAAUAAAGAAUAAGGAAUAAAGGUAAAAAAAAAACCUUUAAUCUUGUUUUGCUUGGAUCCUAUAAGUUUAUUGAAAAAAAAUAGUGGGUCAGUGGAGAACCUAUGUUUUUCAUCUGUAUUACCAUAAUUACUUGCAUAGCACAGGGAUUAAACUGUAAUCCACUAAAUUAUGAGGACUUAAUAGUAAAAGUACUAUAGUAUUGUAGUGUUGUUACUGUACCAAAAAUUUAAAAAUGAUGUUUUAUAUGUCUUCACUUUUCAAUUACCCACUCAAUACAGCGCAUAGUUUUUUGUUUUUUUUCGUCCAUGUUAUUAAGUUAGCUCAUUUUAUUUCAAGCCAAUUAUAGAAUAGUAGAUAGUCAGAUAGACUCUUUAUUUUAAGUUGUUAUAGUUAUGGCAUUUAUAUUUUUGUUUAUUAUCUAUUUUUUGUUUAAAAUUGUUUUUAAUUUCAUUUGUUUAACUAAAAUAAUCCAUAAUUCAACAAAAAUAAUUUAAUUUUCAUACCUAAAAUACCUAAGAACCUUCUAUCCCCUUGGAAUAACCUAUUUUUUACGUUGGAUUGAGUAUAGUCUUAUCAAAAUCAUUUUCAUAGUUUUAGAGUGCAUUGCAUCCAAACUAUGCAUGAUUUUAGAUUCUGAGUAGAGCAAAGAAGAUUAUGGUUUUACAAAGAUGUUUAUAUUUUUAAUUUUUUUUUUUAUAUUUUCGCAACUUUUCUACCAGAAGACUUGCUCGGAUUUCUACAUGUAGCACACUUUCUGACUCGAAGAGAUAAUUUAGGGAGGUAAUUUUUCGAUUUUCUCUUCAAAUGUGAAAAACUGAAAAAAGAAACGGAAAAUUUACGAAAUAUAAUCUUUUAAUUAUUUUGUUUUUUUGGUGGUUUAUUGUUGCUUACAGAUUUAGAUUAAAUUCCUGUCUAUAUCCUACCUUCCCAAUUCCCACCUACAUCAGUGCCUGCAUCAGUUCCCAUUAUCUUACCUUUUUUAUAUAUAAAAUAUGUUUAUCAGUUUUACAUCACACUAAAACCCAUUAAAUAUGUCAGUUGAAUUUAUUGACUGACACCAUUUCUCUUUAGCUGUUACUGAAGUAGAUUUAUUGCUUCAUUUACCUUAAUACCAUACAUAUCUUUAUUAUGUUAAUUUUCAAAAUUACUAUGAUUUUAUGAUUUAUCAUUUACAUGUUGGAAACAUAAACUUGUCAAGGAAGUUAUCAAGUUUUCAUAUGCAUUUAUCUGAGUGAAUAGUUAUGUCUGAUUUAAUAUACAUUACCAACCUAAAUAUAUAAUUGAUAUUUCCAUUUUCAAAAAAAAAAAAAUAUAUGUAUAAUAUAUUAAAGAAAUGCAUAAGUAUUCACAGAUUUAUGAUUACCUACAACACUUCAUAUCCAGACACUUUACUUUAUUAUUAUUCUUAAUUUUUUUAUUUUCUAUUAUUAUGCUUAUCAAUUGUAUAGUCUUAACUUAAUUUAUCAGUGUAUAAACCAGUCAUAACUACAAACUUAAAUAUGUACCCAUUGAAAGAAUAAUCAAAAAUUACAAAAAUAUAUUUAUUUACAAAUUGUUCUAAACUUCAAAAACAUAUAGUUAUUAAUUUUGUUGUUGAUCUAGUUUGUAGCAUAGACCUAUUAACCUUUGGACAGAUUGUAUUAUGAGUUAACAUAGAAGAAAAAAGAUAAUAGAUUGUAUUACUAGUAUUCUAGUAUUUAUCUUUCUUAAUCGUUCAAUGUUCCCAUAAUUUUUUUUUACUAGAAUCUGCUCAUAGAUGUAUAGCAUGUAGCCUCUAGAGUUUAGGUAUAGAAGAAAAUUGUAGGCCUAAAUAAAAAAAAAAUGUCUUUUGGGUAGCAUAUUGGGUAUACUACUGUUAUAGGUGGGGACUUGAGAAGGUAAGAUACAUAAAGUUAUUUUAAUUAUAUUUGCAAGCAAAGAUAAAUUAUUAUUAACAAAAUAUGAUUCUGAGUGAAGUUCAGUUAUAUAUCUUUUAAAAUGUUGUAAUAUUUACAAUUUUCAUCAAAAUUUGUUGUUAAAAUGAUUAAAAAAAAACCUACUAGGUACAAAUUGCUCACAACUUUCUGUUUUUGUUUACCACUAAGUAUAACCUAUUUGAACCUCGUGUUAAAUUUUCAAGUAUUUCUAUUUGGUCAAACAAUUUUAUCCACUUAGUACCUAACAAAGAAACACUACCUACAAAUACUAGAAAAUUUAAAAUGCCCAUAAAUAGCUUAAAAAUAUCAAGAUAAGUUUAUUGUUAAAAUUUCAAAUCUCUCCGAAUAUUUUUAACUGAAUUAAAAUAAAAUAAAAUAAUGUAACCAUUAUUUCUGGAAUUUCUAACUCGCAACUAGAUUUAAAAUACAACAAAAAAGGUUUCUUAUCGUUUUUCUUUAGAUGUGAGAUGUCAGGUAAAAAACAUAAUUCGUAAACAUUUAAAAUAAUGAAGUAUUAACGAUAUAUUAUAUUUGUCCGUUUUUUUUGGUUUUUUCAAUUUUUCAUGAAAACCGCUUGGAAAAUUAAAAUAAUGGCUUUCGUACACACCAACUAAUUAUUGAAUGCAAUCAAAAAUUUUGUUUUUUCGGUUGUAUAAAUAUUUUUGGUGGUAAACAUAAAUUGUAAAAAUUGAAAAUGAUGAAAUCGACAAUGCCGUAAAUAUUUGUCCACCUUUCCGAUAAUUUUUUCCACGAUUUUAAUGAUAACCCCUUAGAAAAUCAAAAAAAUGACCUUUUAAAUGCUCCAAUUAGACCCAAAAUGCAAUUAUCAAAAAAACUUUUUUUUAAAUGCUAUUUUAUUUCAUUCAACAAUUGCUCCGUUUAGGUGACUUUGGCCGUCAUGUCGGACUUUUAAUUGAAAAUAAACCCCGAUUUGUUAUGCAAAAUUGCGCCGGUCGUUCCACUUCUACUCUCUGCCUACGGUUCUGUAAUAAUCGAUUAUCAAAAAUACACUACCUAUAUAACUAUAAUAUAAUGUUCGCUGGUUGCCAUGUCAUCCCCGGCCAGUUUGCUCGCCACGAAAAAUCGUUCGAGCUCCCGGACGCGCGCACGCGUCGCCGCACCCUUCGCUUUCGCAUAAUAAUAAAAAUCGAUUUACCCAAGUAUACCUACUCCGCUGUGCUGUACGCAAACUCGUCUGUCGAGAACGUCCGUCGUUCGCGGAUUCCGGAAAAUACUGCUGCAAUAUCCUAAUGAAAUAGAAUCCAUAGUUGCGAAUUGUCUAGGUAAGUAUAUGGCUACAAUUUUCUAAAAUAAAUCUAUAAUAAGUAUUAAUUAUUAUUAUUAUUAUGCACUAUUUGAUUAUACGUAGGUAAUUUCCGGCCCCCUUCCAUAUUAAAACUAAUGCAAUAACACAAUUUUAUUUUUGUUUUCGUGUCCCAGCCGUUUAUGAUUCGAUUAUAUUAUUUAGUACCUUUUUAUAAAUGGAUUUCUAUAGAAUUGUUGUCGAUACAAUUACGUUUACAAAAUAAAAUGUAAACUAAACUCAUAAGUUCAGAGCUCGCAACUGAGUUAUAUGCUAAAUAAUAUUCAAAUAUGUACUAAAAGAAGUAUUUAUAUAUUAGAGACUAAACUAUAUGCAAUAAUAGGGGCUAGAAAUAUUUAAUCUAGUAUCCAGGCACGAGCGAAUCUAGGACAAGAUAACCGUGGGGGGGAGGGGAGAUUUUGAAUAUUCGUAUAAGGUACGUUUUAUGACGAGCCCAAUCAUCAUUGGGCUCGUAAGUCAAUUUAACAUAAAAAUGUUGAUACAAAUCGUAACAUUUAUAGCAUUUCAAAAUAUGUACCUAUAUUUGAACUUCACUCAGAAUCGUAUUUUAUUAUUAAUGCCUGACCAUUGCAUACAGGUAUAAAUUAAAUAAAUUUAUGUACAUGUUACAUUUCCAACUUUCCCCAACAAUAGUAAUGCGCCCGUCUCCUGUAUCGGUUUUUUUUUUUUUAGAUUUGGAGCGUAGUGAGAGUUUUAUUGGUUUUAUUAUUUUUAUAUACCUACUGUGAACAAUUUCUACCAAAAUUCUUGCUCCUAUGUAUAGAGUGUAGUACCUAUUCUGAAAGGAAAUCUUAUGAUUUUCCAUGGGGUAUUAAAAAUAACUGGGAAAAAACCUCAAAGAAAAUUGUAGGUAAUACGGCAAAUAUUUACGGCGCGCCGCGUCGUUACCGAUUUCAUUAACUUAAUGUUUUUACUAGAAGUAUUGCUCCAAAUCGGAAAAUAACAUGGGAUCGAUUUUCUUUCAUUUAAUAUAGGUAUAGCUAUUUUCAGAUGAAGUAGUUUCUGAUAUUUAAAGUAGUUUUCGUGAUAAAUCGGAAAAACCAAAUUUCUUCUGUAUACUACCUUCCUGACUUUUCACCUACAACAGUGGCUGCACCCACGUACGAAGUUUUUUUUUCUGUUUGUAAACCAUUUCGAAAAGAUAUCUCGUUUCAAUGUAGAGUGUAGCACAUUUUCUAGAAGGAAAUUUUAUCUAGUUUGUUUAUUAGAGUGGUCAUUUUUUAAUUUGUCAAGGGGUUUUCAAAAAAAAUUUUGGAAACAAAGCGGAAAACAAAGUUAUAGGAAAAUCUAUUAAUAUUUACGGCGAUAUAUUUUUAUUAAGUUACUAUUAUUAUAUAUUAUUACAGUAUUAAGUAUAUAAGUGUAUAAACAAUAAUAAUACUUGCAAAAAAAUCAAGAUUACAAAAUAGUAAAAAAAUACGUAAGGAGAGAAAUAUUAUAAUUUAAAUUUAAAAAACCAUAAUUUAUAAAUAAUAAAUAAUAUAAUUACAAAAACAUUCAAAAUAAGGAAAGUUAAAUUAAUCUACAUGGACGUCAUAAUCCACUUUUAUUAAUUUAUAAAUAGGUGAACCACCUGUAGUAACCUAUUAGGUUAUUUAAGGUUACUCUAGGAUUAUAACGGUGUACCUAUACAUAUUCGUUUUUUACAAUAAAUAUAUACCACCUAUAAGCAAUUCUUGUAGAAGAGGAAGAUGUGUGCUUUCAAUUUUUGUUUUUUUGUUUGAUAUCACAAUUUUAACCAACCCAACCAACCUAACCAUUUAUAAUGGAGAAUAACAAAAAAAAAAAAAAUUGCUGAAAUAAAUUAUAUUAUAAUAUUACAGUAGAAACCCGAAAUUCAAAGGACUAGUUACUCUAUCUAGUAAACUGUGAAUUUUGUAAACCGUCUAUUUCGUGUUUGUUUCGAGUGUUUACCAAUUUUUGGUUACUAAAAAUUAACUUUGAUAAACACGACUACAUAAGCACACGUGAUAUUUGUGAAUUUAUAAAUUCGAAUUUUAAUUCUCGUUUUUGGUGUUAUACCUAUAUAGUUUAUAUACUACUGUGUAAUAACCGGAAUGUGUAACCAUACACUUAACUAUCUCACUAUAUUACUAAACUGUUAAGAACGCCAAAACACACCUAAUGAAUUAAUAUUUAAUAAUUUGUAGUUAUAGGUAUUAGUAAUUAGUUACCUAUAUUUUAGUCUAUAGUAAAAUAAAAUGUGUAACUAUAGUUUCUUAUUCUCUUAUUCAAAACGUCAAAUGUCAAUAAAUUAUUGUUACCUAUAUUAUAUUGUUAGAAUUAAUAUUUAAGGUAGGUAUUACGUUUUAUAAGGUUUAUAAAACAAAAAAAAAGUUCCCUUUCAAGAAAUAUAGUAAUAGUGAUUUCCAAUCACUACUAAUUGUAACUGAUACAAAUAAUUACAUACAAUAUGGGAUUUUUGCUGGGUCUUUCAAUCCUGUUUUCAUUAAUCCUGGUUUGUCACUUCUGUCAGUGUUAUUAAUCAUUAUAAAGUUAUAAUAUUGAAAUUGUUCAAAUAUACCUACGUAAGUAUAGUGAAUUUGUGACUAUAAGAUAACAAUUUAAUAAUCUAUAUUCUAUAUAAGCCAUCGAUAAACAUAUUAUCGAUAAGAUUACGCUUCUCAGCGUGUUAUUGUAUAGAUUUAGAACAAAAUAAACAAUUAACUUUAUUUUAUUUUUAAAUAAAAUGGAAAAAUCAUUUCGUCUAUUAGUAUUGGCGACCCCCAGGUUGAAAACCACUGAUCUAACCUAUAUUUUCACAAGUAUAGUUGCUCCCUAUAAAAAUGUGUAAAACUCAGAAAAUGGUGAACUUCAUAAGGCAAUAAUUUUAAAACAAAUGAUUUCCGCAAAAAACAUUAAUUUUUAAAAUGUUGACAUAUGUAACCGGAAAAAAAAAAUUCGAAAUUUUGAGGGGGUGCUAAACUAGAUUUAUACCAAAAAUAUGAAUCCCAGAAAAUGAAAACAUCUUUUAUUAUUUUUGUCAAUUUUACAUAAGUUAGUUUUAAUAAGUAAUCACUAAUUCAAUAACAUGUAACUUUAUUUUGUUUUGCUAUUUUAGGCUUUCAAUUUAUUACAUUGGCAGAUUAAUUCACUUCAACAAAAAUGGCUUUAAAGGCAAUUUAUGUUAGCAACAGUGAUAAGCUUAUCAAUUCUUUAAUUGAUAGAGAAUACAUAUAUACGAGUACAGUGGAAAAAGCUAUACGAGCUGUCAAUUCAAAAUUGUUUGCCUGCAAAUUACGUUCAAAGGAAUUUAAUUUUGUAUCACCAUGCAUUUCUUCUACAGUACUAGAAAGCUUGAUUAUUCGUCCAGGUCACAAGUUCUUGAAUAUUGGGUCUGAAAAUGGGUAUUUUAAUACUUUGGCUGGGCUUUUAUUGGGUAAGCAUACAUAUUAUUAUUUAUUUUAUGUAUUUUCAAUAUUUUAACGUUGUAACAUUGUUACAUUGUUUUCUAGGUUCAACUGGUGUUAAUCAUGGUAUUGAAAUUGAAAAGGCAUUAGUUGAUAUUGCAAAUCAAAAAAUGGACGAUUUUAAAUUAAAUUCUGCUGCUAUUGAUUAUCAUGUAUUUUGUGAACCAAUUUUUAUCCAUGGUAUAUUUAUUUGUAUUAAUUAAUAAUGUAUGAAUAAAUAUUUAUGUAUUAAUGUUUUCCGUUUAGGUAAUGCAUGUGAAUUAUUAUCAACAAGUUUCUAUGAUAGAGUUUAUUGUAGACCUGGUGUACCACCUGAGCACAUUGAAUUUAUGAAGUCUCUUAUUAAGGUACUACUAAUUUUUUAAUUAAUUGUUAAUUUCAGUUCCUACGAUGUGUACAUUUUCGUUUUCUAUCUGAGAACAUAAUUUCAAGAAGACUUCUAGAGUCUAACUUUAAUAGUAGAGCAAAGUCAGCAAGUAUAAUAUUGUUGUUAUCUCAUACUGAUUAAAUAAAACAAUUCAAAAUACAACUCACUUGUUUUAUGUAUUCUGGUUGUUUUUAGAAAAGUUUUCAGAAUAAAGAUUUUAAAAUUGAUUAAUAACUGAAUAUUAUUAAGUGAUAAAAAAUGAUAUGCACUUUUUUUAAAUACUCUGGAGAAAUUCAACAUUGGCUCAAUAAAAUGUUUGUACAUCCAGUUUUUUAUUAGUGCAUUAUAAAUUAACAUUCAAACAUUCAAUUAUCUGAAUAAUAAUAAUAAUAAUUUUCAUAAUAUUCAUUAUGUUCAUUAUAUUUAAAGCAUAAAUCAAAGAAACAAUAGAUAACAUAAAAUAAGUUACAAAUCUAGAGAUAAAGAUUAAUGGUCAGAAAAUUAGAAUGUUGCACAGAUGACAUAGCUUCAAUUGCUGAAAAUAAGAAAGAUUUGGAUCUACUAAUCAAAACCAUGAAUGAGUAAUUUAUUAAGGAUUUUCACAUGAAAAUUAAUGUGAAAAAGACAAAAGUGCUUGUAUGUGGAAGAGUAAAAAAACCAGAAUACAGAGGAAACCAAAUAUUAAAACAAGUAGAUGAAUUAAUAUAUAUAUUGAGUACACAUCAGCCAAACCAAAAUAACCUUUAACAACAAGAAAACUCUACUUACAUCAGGAGACAUUAGCUUAAAAAUAAGGAAAAACUAAUUAAGACAAGUAUAUGGAGUAUGGUGUUGUGGGUGUGAGACCUGGAUAUUAUGAGUAAGAGAACAAAAAGACUGGAGUGGUUUGAAAUUUGGUGCUAUAGAAUAAUGUUAAGUGUAUGUUGGAUGGACAGAGUAACCAAUGAAGAGGUGCUGGAAAAAAUUGAAAGAAAGUUCUUAUAGAGAAAUACAUAUAGUUAGAAGAAGAAAUUAAUGGAUAGGUUGUUAAAACUGAUUACAGAAGAAAAUGUAGAGGGGAAGGCCAAGAUUAUUGGAUAUAUAACAGAUAAUAAAGAACCAAGAACGCAACUCAUAUAUAGAAAUGAAAAAAAAAGCAGAUAAUAGGGAAGAAUGGGAGAUGGCUGCAAAUCCAUUAAAACCAUAGAAGAAAUAUUCAUUAAUAUUUUAUCGGUUUGCUAAUUUUUUUAAUAACAGCAGAAUUUUUUUUUUUUUAAGUUUCCAAUUUUAAAUUAUCUCCUAAUUUAAUAGUUUUAUUUUUGAUUUAUCUGAAUACAAUUUUACAUACCAUUAAAAAAAAAUGUGCAGAUUUAAUAUAUUUGUAUUAAGUUAAUCUAAUUAGUAAAAAAAUAAAAACAUCUAGAGUAAAGGUACAAUUUCUCAUAUAAUAUUCAUUAUUUGUAAUAAUUUGUUUAUAACAUACUAUUAAUUAUUAUUUUUUAUGACUAAUCUUUGCAUUCAAUAUUGAAACUAAAUAAUUUUAUUAUUUUAUACCCAAUUGACCUUUUGAUGCUUAUCUAUAUUACUUUAUUAUUGGUGUCAUAAUAGAAAAUAAUUUAAAGUUGUUGGAUAUUUUUUUAGAUUGGUGGAGUAUUAGUUAUGCCAUUAGACAAUUCUCUUGUAAGGAUAACAAGGAUAGAUGAACUUAGAUUUGAUACAAUUGAAUUAUUUAAAGUAGCACACACAGAUCUUAUUGUGCCUGAAGGAUCUGGUCUAAAUAAAAUCGAGUUUCGUGAGUUAAACAUUUAAAUUUUUUAAACUGGUAAAUUGUAAUUUGUUAUAAUUUUUCUAGCUCCUAUUGAACCAGUGUCUUUAAAAGAUUUAUGCAGAACAGCUAUAAGAUCCUUCUUUUAUGAAAAUAUUUUAAAAGAAUUCCCUGAUAUGGAUAUAUUCACUAAAUGUAAAAUAGUUUCUGAUCCUGAGAAGAAAAUUUUUGGUCUCCGUGAUACAUUAUCUGAAAGUAUUCGUUCACAAUUUAAUUUAAAUGAAGAACAAAUAUUUUAUUUGCGUUUUCCAUUAGACACUUUUGAUGAUACAGAUGACUUAGAAAGUAUAAGUGAAACAUGUUCUAUGUUUGGUGAAUCUGAAGAUGAUGAUGUCCAUUAUGAUGUUCAGAAUUCGACUAAUGAUAAUGCAGGUGCAGAAAAUGAUAUUUCAAACCAUGAUGAUAAUAAUCUUGCCGAUGGAGAAAAACUUAAUGGUGAAGAAAAACAUAGAAAUACUAAUGUUGAUAACAAGCUGGAUGUUGGAGAAAAAGAUAAGAUAACUGAUGAUACGAAAAUUGAUCAUGAUAUUAAACUAGACAAUCAAGAAACCAGGGAUGAUAAUAAAAGUGAUGGAGAAAAAUAUAAACAAAUUGAUAUUGAUGAGGAAGUUGGUUGUAAUGAGGAUGUAGAAAAGGAAAAUGAUGAAUCAACUAUAUAUGUAUCGUAUGGAUUUUCUAAAAGAAAGUCUCCAGAGGCUGGAUGUUCACAAUGUGUAUUAGAAAUGGAAAAUCAAAAAAAAACAAAAACUGAUUCAUCUACUGAAGAGAGCACAAGUGUAUCAACAUCCUCAGGGGCCACAUCGCCUAAUAGAUCUCCAUCAGUUACUGAUUAUGAAGUAGAUGUUGAUAAUGAGCAUUUUGAUGUGGACGAAGAAAUCAAUGCAAGACAACUUUUUAAUUCCUUUCGGACUAUUAUGACCAAUACAGGUGACAAUACUGAAAAUGAUGAAAUAGAUUAUAAUGAUUUAAUCAGGUAUAAGUUUCAAAGUGAUUGCAAAAAAAAUAAAUUAAGUUUACUUUUAAAAGAUAAAAUUAACUCUCUACCAUUACCAGUUCCUCUUAAGAUUUAUCUUAAUUACUUCAGGUCUGAUUGAUUUUUGGUAUUUAAAUAAGCGUUUGUAUAAAUAUCAAUAUUCAUUUAUAUUGUAUUUAUUAAUUUUUCGUCGUAAAGUAUUAAGUAUACUUUAGUUUUAUGCAUUUUAAUAUUUAGUUCAUUUGAACACAUACUAUUUUGCUUUUAGAAUACAGUUCUUAAACUGCUGAAAAGAUGUAUGAUUCUUAGUAUAGGAAAUAUAGGUAGUGUUGGCCUGGUAUACUAAAGGUCCUUGGUGCAUUUUUUUAUUGGGCCCCAUAAUAAAAUAAAGGCUCCUCAAUAUUUUUUACAUAAUAUUGUAAUGAAAUAACACAUUUUCAAUUUUGUUUUUGUUCUUAUUCAGUUAAAAUUAGUAGUAUGAAUUUGAAAUUUAAACAAAAACUUAUAUUUGUCUUAUUUAGAUGUAGUAAUACUUUCAAAACAGUUAAUCCAUUUUUGAGCUAUUAAUAGACAUUUUAAUUUUUGAAAGUUUUUUACAUAAUUUUUAUUCAGUAAGUACUCUGUGAAUACAUUUUUUAUAUCAAAAUGUUUGAAAAUGUAACAGGAGGUUCAUUAAAGUGUAUACUUAAUGGUAAAAAAAAAAAUAUUAAGUGUAAAGUAACAUUUUUUUUUUAAAGAUUUUAAUAUCAUAUUUUAACCUUCCCAACUUUAGACCUACAAUAGUGGCCAUCUAUGGUGUAAAGUAUCCAUUAAUUUAACUACAUAAUUAUGAUUUACAAUUUCUAUUAUAAUCAGUAAUACAUAAUAUUAGGUAAAUACAUUGAUAACAAUAAAAAAUUAUUUAAAUUAUAUAAAUAACUAUUGAAUUAAUUAUUUUUAAACAAUUAUAAUAUUUAUAAUAAUAAUAAUAAUAAAACACAAAUAUUUAUACUCUUAUGUGAUUAAAUUUUUAAAUUUGUUUGAUGUAUAUUGUCUCAUCAAUUUCCGAGUAUCAAUAAAUAUUGUUUAUUUUAUAGCCAUUAAUAGGUUUAUGUGAUUUUGAUUGAAGUUUGUUUUUAAUUUAAAAAAUUAAACUUAUAAAUAUAAAUAACAAAUACAUUUUAUUGAUAUGAUAAUUCCCUUAUAAUUAAAAACACACAGUAAAUACAUUUGUUGUAUUUAUUUCUAUUUACUUAUUUGAAUAUUUCAUCAUAAUCUUUAUCACUUCCAUCUUUGUGGCCAGCCAAUAGUAUAUUCAGGCAUUUGUGGUGAAACAUUUUCAUAUUGAACAGAAAGUUGUUUACAAUAAAUUACUUGUUGACAGUUGGAGAUUUUCUACAUUUUCUGGGAGGGGUCCUGAAAAAACUGUUUUUUAAAAGUAAUUAUUAUUAUAUACCUAUUUUUUUUAAAGAUAUUUUAUUGAAAUUAUAUUGGUAUUUGGAGAUAGGCCCUCAGGUACACCCCUGUAAAUCAGCCACUUCUUGAUCCAAUCCAGUCAUACACAUAGUAUUCGAAGAUUUUACAAGCAUUGUUUUAAUUUUAGAAGCUGUAAAACUUCUAGGGUCUUAAAAGUUUAGGCUAUUUUAAAAACACUGCAGAUGGGCUAUAGACAUUCGUAUAUUGUAUAUUUACUAGCUGUUUUGUAAGGUAAAAUAUGCUGCUAGUGCCAUUGAAACCAAGCAAGGCAGAAAUGUUAAACUUAGUAGUCUAAUAGUAGUGUUUGACUCCUAAUUACAGUAUGUAAAGAAUAUUGGUUAAAAUCCUACAAAAACUAUAUGCACACAUAAAUAUUUUAAGACACCCCAAUUUUUCUUAACUUAAGGCCCAGAAAAUUUUCCCUUGUAAAGAAAAAUUGAGCCCUAAAAUUACAAAAGGUCUAAUUUUCGAUAAAUGGGUCCAUAUAAAAUUGUUUUCAUCAAUCACCAGGGACCAGCCAACCAGAUAAAAAUUCAACAGUACAUUUCAAACAAUCCUUGUUGUAAUCAUGUCCAUGACCAGGCUGACACUGCAUAUAGGUAUUAUUAUACAUUGUAAUAUUAUACUAUAAACAUUGUAUGGUGAAAUAUGUUUAACCUUUAAACUUUUUUCAGCAUUCCAUUAUUUACUAUAAAGAAAUAUAACAAGUUAUUCCUAUUUGCAUUUAUUAUUAAUAAUAAUAUCAGUUAUGUUAAUGAUAUUGCCAAACUUUUAUAACUAUUUUCCUUACAAAUAUAUAUUAUCUACAAAAUGUUUAAUGUGUGAUCAUAAAUAAAAUAAAAUAAUUUUAACAAUAUUGAGUACCUAUAUUGAAUAUUAAUUUGUAUAUAAUUAUAUUAUGUUAUUGUAUGUAAUGUACGAAAUGUAGGUAAACAAAUAUUA